UUUAACAUCCCAUCCAUUGCUUUUCAUGUGGUUAUGGAGUGCAAUGAUAGUUUGUGACAGUUAGUGCGGAAAUACAUGUGAAUUUUGAUAGAUUUUUUAUGCUAUGCUACGGUUGGUGGCGAUGAUUCAUAUUUCCAAAUAAUUAAAUUCAUUCAUUUUCAACCGUAAAGUCUAUAUCAAUCAUGUGGGCGGUCGCAUCAUCAAGGUUUGUCCUUCAAAGCUGCUGGAAUCUUACAAAUCUGAAAUCAUGCUGGAGUCGAAUACAGAAUCUGUCUCAAACAGCAUGCAAGAAUACAGCUAUUGUUGAACGCUGUUGGAAGGUUCCUUUAUCAAAAGAGGGAAAGCCACCCAGACUACAUCCCCGACGACACAGAGUGUACCGCUUGUUUGAGGACACAAAACACAAACCCCAGGACAAAAUGGAGCUCAUCCUCACCCAGACGGUGCCCAAGCUCGGUGGACGAGGUGACACAGUUUUUGUGAAAAAACCACUGGGCCGCAACAAACUGCUACCCCAAGGUCUGGCUGUCUAUCCUUCACAGGAGAAUAAAGGCAUGUUUGCAGAGGAAAUAAGGCUUCUUCGGGAGGGACGGCCAGAGGACAGAGUCCAGACCCGAACAGGACAGCUAACUGUUGAAUUCCUGAAGAAAACUCAGCUUGAAGUUGCCAUGCACACUUCAAUUCAGUACUCGCUCACUAAAGAGAUUGUUUGCAGACAAUUUCUUAGACUGGUAAGGGAAGUAUAAAUUCUGUCAACUCAG